CAUUUGAGGUAACCAUUCUUUCACUUUAGACAUUAAACGCGUUGAGAUCACAGACCUGAAGCAUUAUCUUCGUGAUACUUAAAAAAUAAAACUCGCCACAAUGAAGGCGUUCAUCUCUAUUGCGCUGUUCUGCGUUAUAUGCGUCACAGUACAAGGAAAAGUUUCCAGUCCCAAGGUCCAGGUGUACACCCAUUUUCCAGGAGAGUAUGGAAAAGACAACACCCUGAUCUGCCAUGUGAGUGGGUUCCACCCUCCAGAUAUCAACAUUGACCUGCUGAAAGAUGGAGAGGUUAUUCCUAAUGCCCAGCAGACCGACCUGGCCUUCGAAAAGGGUUGGCAGUUUCACAUUACCAGGAGCGUGUCCUUCACACCAAAGAAGGGGGAGCAGUACACCUGCAAAGUUCGACACAUGGACAAAACAAAUUCCUACCAAUGGGAGCCAAACAUGUAAGCCGAAACAAACAGCAGGAUGACCUCCUAAAUUUUGGACACUUUACAUCAUAUGCGCACGUCCAUAAAAUCCCAUAUUAAAAGCCGUCUAUAUGCAAUUUUCAUACCAAUGACAUUUGUAAAGACAUUGUUUUGAAUCCAUUACUACAUUGAUUAUUCUGCUGUAAGCCUUCUUAAUGUCCUACUUUAAGCCUCAACUUAAUGUGGUUCUUUCACAUGAAAGUAAGAUUAUUAACCAAAAUUUAGCUGCUACGUGUUUUUGUAAGGGAUGAUUUCUGGUUAUUUGACUUGUUUCGUUCUUCUUUUUGUAAAUGCUUUUUAAAACAAAGCAGUAGAGGCAAAUUUAGGUUUAAUAAUACAAAUUAUUGGAUGGUGGUUUAGCAUAUUUGUAAUUAUUUAGCAAGACUAAGCAAUUGUUUCUUUAAAAAUAAUUUUGAAAACUUCAAUCCACAUUUGCUCCCAUGUUUAGAUUGUUGUACAUUUUUUAAAAUAUUGUUAUUGUGAGAAGGGGAGAAUAAAAUUGAGAAAACCUAA